AUGCCAGAGCAAGAACUACUUAUAGGGCAAGAAAUGAAUACACUUCAUGCAGGUUCAUCUACUGAUGGCAUAAAUGUCGGAAACGCAGGACGAACUAGAGACACACAAACUGGCGUAGAAGGGGAAACGGAAAUAGGGUCUGACGAGGAAGAUAGCAUAGAGGACGAGGGAAGCAGCAGUGGAGGAAAUAGUACGACAGAAAGACUAGUACCACACCAGCUGAGGGAACAAGCAGCCAGACAUAUAGGAAAAAUAGGAAGACAUUUUAAUAUUCUUGAUAGACUUUUUAAGAAACGUACACAACAGUCUUCGGAUAUACAACAAGGUGCCAUGUUUGAUGGUGUCUUUAGCAAUUUAAGCGCAAAACCAGAUACCACAGAGACUGAAGGUAAUAACGAACAAGACAUACCACCUACAUACGACGAAGCUGCUGCUGAUAUGGCCCCCUCGUAUUAUGGAAUGGAUUUGAACAAUUCAGAUAUCUACUACGACGAAAUAUGCAUUGAGGGGCUUCCUGUAGGAAAUAUAGCAAAUUUAUUAUGGAAUAUCAUCGUAAGCACGAGUUUUCAGUUCAUUGGAUUUUUAAUAACCUACAUUUUACACACAUCUCACGCAGCAAAGCAAGGUUCAAGGUUUGGAUUAGGGUUAACGUUCAUUGGAUAUGGUUAUUCAAUGAUUCCCAAUGAUGUUACUUCAAAAGUCGGCAAAAAUAAAAGCUUAAAUAGAAUGGAAUUAGAGGAUCCAAAUGAAUUCGAUGAUGUUCGUCUAAAUUCACAAUCAACGACACAAGAUAAAUUUGAAUCACAUUUGAAUCACGGUCUGGAUGAAGAAAAACAAAACAUACCAUGGUUGGCUGUUUUUGUGGCAUUUCUUGGGCUAUUUAUCACCCUGAAGAGUAUAUACGACUACAUUCAAGUCAAAAAAUUGGAAAAGAAAUACCUCAACCAAAGUCAAAAUCAAGCAUAA